GAAACAUACUCAGACAAGGCAUACCGCAAGUUCAAGGAGAACCCGCUCGUGCCCGUUGGAGCAUUAGCGACAUGCGGGGCACUUAUCAUGGCCACAGUCAAGAUGCGCAAGGGUGACUCACGCUCGUUCAACCACUGGCUGCGCGCUCGUGUCGCCGCACAGGCCCUCACCGUCGCCUUCGUCUGCGCCGGCGCGUGGUCGCUCUCGAAAGAGCGUGACCCGGAAUCGUCCAAGACGCGCCAGCUGGAUGAGAUUGCUGUACACCGGGAGGAGAGGAUAGCGCGGGAGCGAUCGGAGUUCGAGGGGCGGCUAAAGGAGGCUACGCAGGCGUACGAGAGCGAG